AUGUCCGCUCCCCAGGAUAUCCAGCCUUCCAACGGCGGCGACAUCCACGAACAGAUGGACAACCUUAAGAUGGACGAACGCUUGGGUCCCGAUGGCGAGCCCGCACCUCGGACCGACGAGGAGUAUGCUCAGGCUCAGCUGACUCUCCGCGCUAUUGUCUCCUCCAAGGAGGCUGGUGUGAUCAUCGGCAAGGGUGGCAAGAACGUUGCGGACCUUCGGGACGAAACUGGCGUCAAAGCCGGCGUUAGUAAAGUGGUCCAAGGCGUUCACGACCGUGUCCUCACCAUCACCGGAGGCUGCGAAGCCAUCUCUCAAGCAUACGCCAUCGUUGCUCGCGCUCUACUGGAGGGUGCUCCUGCCAUGGGAAUGGGAGGGCUUGUCUCAAGCAAUGGGACUCACCCCAUCAAGCUCCUCAUCUCCCACAACCAGAUGGGCACCAUCAUCGGUCGCCAAGGCCUCAAGAUCAAGCACAUCCAGGACUCGUCUGGUGUGCGCAUGGUUGCGCAGAAGGAAAUGCUGCCGCAGUCAACUGAGCGCAUUGUUGAGGUCCAAGGCACGCCCGAGGGCAUCCAGCGCGCGAUCUGGGAGAUUUGCAAGUGCCUCGUGGAUGAUUGGCAGCGUGGCACCGGCACUGUUCUCUACAACCCCGUUGUCCGUACGCAACCCGGAGGCGGCGCUUCCCAGAGCACUGGUACCUACGGCUCUCCCCCUGGACGGUCUGACUACAAUGCCUCGCGCCUCAUGAGGACCGGUAACGGCGCAGACUUCAGUGAGGGCGCGCCGCGCGCCUUCGGCCGACGCUCCGACUCGGAUGCCGCUGGCCGGGGUCCACCUACUCACGAUGAUAAUGGCGAGGAAAUUCUCACGCAGAACAUCAGCAUUCCCGCCGAUAUGGUUGGGUGCAUCAUCGGCCGUGCUGGUAGCAAGAUCAGUGAGAUCCGCAAGCAGUCGGGUGCCCGCAUCUCCAUCGCCAAGGCCCCUCAUGAUGAGACCGGCGAGCGAAUGUUUACCAUCAUGGGUACUUCCAAGGCCAACGAGACUGCACUGUUCUUGCUGUACGAGAACCUAGAGGCCGAGAAGAUGCGCCGCAGCCAGGUGCAGCAAGAGUCGGAGUAA